CAGUUUAUGGACGAUCCCUUUAUCGCACGUGCAUCAAAACAAACCAAUAUCACACACGCACACCCAUAAGCCCAAUCGAUCAUUUCCCUUCUAUCUCCCUGUUUCGUUCUGCUCACUCCGAUGAAUGGCAACUACAGUGCAGUGCGUCUUUUCAUAUCAUCACUAUCGGGAAAACCCGAUGACAAACGGGCAACGAUCUGCUCGUACAAAUUAGAAGCCUUUCGAUCGUCUUCGAAGUCGUACCAAGCAAGUGUUCUGUCCCGCUGUGUGUCUAAAAUGCGAUGCUCGGGUUUGCUGGUGGUGGCCUUUGUCGGUGUGCUCGCGGCCUGGUUGCCGACACGGGACGCUGCGAAAAUUUUGCUCGUUUCAGCCUUUCCCGGUAUGAGCCACUGGCUAAUGUUCGAGCACAUCGUGCACGAGCUGCUGCGGCGAGGUCAUGAACUGACGGCCAUCACCAGCUAUCGGCUGCGUGCGGACGGCAUGAAUCUCACCACCAGAUACCGUGAAGUGCUGAUCGAGCCGGUGUACGACUUCGAAGCGAAUGGGCUACCGAUGGAAGUGUUCUACAAAUCGCAAUCGUUCGGUGACCCGUUCUUCAAGAUGUCUAUCCUGUGGAAGCUGGGACUGGAGACGACCGAGUACGCGUUCGAGAGUGCGAACGUGAAGCGGUUCCUCAGCACGGAAGGACUCACGUACGAUCUCCUGCUGGUGGAACAGUUUGUGCAGGAAAGCUUCCUGAUGUUUGCACACAAGUAUCAAGUCCCGAUCGUUACUAUCAAUACGCUCGCCCAUGCAGACUACGUAGACCGUGCGUUCGGGCUGAUAACUCCGUGGUCAUUCGUGCCACACUUUAUGCUGCAGUACGACGAUCGGAUGUCCAUCACGGAACGGGCGUACAAUGUGUUCCUGUCGGUGUGGGCUGCAUACAAUCGGAAGUUCCACUACAUGCCAGAGCAAACAAAGCUGGCGAUGAAGUACUUCGGAGCGGCAUCGCCCAACAAAAUGCUACCCUCGCUGGAGGAACUCGAGCGGAAUGUUAGCGUGGUGCUGGCGAACAAUCACAUCAUCUCGUCACGCCCGAGACCUCGCAUCAAUGGAAUGAUCGACAUUGCUGGAGUGCACAUAAGGAAACCCAAGGAACUACCUGCAGUUGUGAAGGACUUCCUGGACUCAUCGCCCACCGGCGUCAUCUACAUCAACUUCGGCACCUUUCUCCGAAGUUCCGGAAUGCCACCCGAGACACUCGCCGUUUUCCUGUCCCUCUUUCGCACCCUCCCCCAGUACAGCUUCCUGUGGAAAUGGGAAGCGGACACCAUCCCCGGCCUACCUCCGAACGUGCUGCUGCAACGUUGGCUCCCCCAGAACGAUGUCCUAGCGCAUCCGAACGUGAAGCUGUUUGUAUCUCACGGCGGUAUUUUCGGUACGCAGGAAUCCAUCUACUGGGCCCGCCCGAUACUGUUCGUACCGUUCUACGGGGAUCAGCACGGGAAUGCACUGAAAUUCGAACGUGCCGGCAUUGGACUUACGCUUCAAAUCAUUAACGUUACGGUGGAGGACUUCAGGGGGAAGAUCGAGCGGAUGUUACAGCGUGCCGAGUUUCAGCAAGCGGCCAACCGGCUGUCGGCGAUUUUCCGCGAUAAUCCAACGGAUCCACUUGAGGAGGCCGCGUUCUGGAUCGAGUACGUCGUGAGACACCGGGGCGCAAGCCAUCUAAAGUCAGCCGCCGUCCAUAUGCCCUGGUACCAGUAUCUGUUGCUGGACAUCUUGUCGUUGACCUUGCUGGUGGUGGCGAUUGUGGUUUGGGCCGUGAAGACUGUGCUCCGGAAGGGUAUGCAGCUGAUGAAACCGAACCCGACAACCAAAGUCAAAGUCAAGUGAGUAGAAUUUUGGAGUGGGGUUCAAGACUUCGUUAGCCUCAGAUAAGCGGGUUACAAAUAAAGUGUCUGAGCGUGUGUGAGGGAAAACACAGUCAAACUUUA